AUGGUCAGUGAUGUGAAGAAAGGGGCCGACAGCUUCAACUGGUAUCGUUUGACACCGUUGCACGCAGAUGGUUACUUGUGUGAAGUCCGGCACAUUGUCGAAGCAUUGGCGCCCCCUGUUAUGGGUACGCAAGAAGAACGGUUUUCUCGUUUCCGGAUAAAGUGGGUGGGAGCAAACCAGCGCCGACAUGGGAAAGAACCAUUAAUAGAGCUGUGGCACCAGUGGACGUCAGUUGCGAUGUCUCUAAGUGUGGAAGAGGAACGCGCUUCUGCGUGCGCUAUGCAAGAGGCUUUUCGGUUUGGGUGUCCCGUUGUACGGAUUGUGCAAGACUAG